GCCAAGCCAACGCGUUGUCUUGGACUUGGCUCAUCUCCUUCUCCUUCUCCUUCUUCUCCUUCCUCGCUUGCUUUGCUUCGCUUCCCUCCAUUUCACCACCAAACCCAAGAAGGCCUCUCCCCCAUGUCGUCUCCUCUCCUCUCGUCCCAAUGCCAAUGUCUCGCCAUGUCCUGACCUCUACAGCUGCGGUGUUCUCCUUCUUCGCCGUCGUCUUCUUUCUCCCUGCCUUGUCGGCGGCGCGGCAGUUCUCCACCGUCGCCAUCUCCAACUCCCCCAACGCCACCCUCGUGUGCGCCCUUGUGCGGCCCAAGGGCUCGCCGAAUGACGUCCCGGGCGCCAAGCUCUUCUGCACCUCGAUGCCCACCGGCGAGGUCAUGUCAUACCCGUCGGCCGACGUCCCCUACAACGCCAUCGCCGCCGGCACCGACUUCUUGUGCGGCCUCAUGGCGCCCAACGGCGGCCACGCGGCCAUGCGGUGGUGGUCCUUCUCUCAGGAGGCUGUCGCCAACCGCUCCCGCCCCGUCGGCCGCCGGCUCUACUGGGGCCCCUCCCUCCGCGCGCUCUCCGCCGGCGGCCCUCACGUCUGCGGCCUCUCCGACGCCCAUGACCCGACCUGCUGGGAGUGGCCGGCCCUCACGCUGCCCAAGGGCCUCGACUUCUCCCGCAUCGCCCUCGGCCGCGACUUCCUCUGCGGCGUCGUCAAGGGCAACGACUCCGACAUGAACUGCUACGGCGGCGGCAUCGCCACCCCGACGACGCUCGCCGGUGCUGCCAUCAAGGCCGUCGCCGCCGGCCACCGCCACGCCUGCACCGUCGACGCGGAGGGCGGCCUCUCGUGCUGGGGCGAAGGGUACCCGGACAUGCGCGCCAGCGACCUCCCCGCCGACAUGAAGGCCAUGGCGCUGGGGCGCAACACCACGUGCAUCCUCGACGGCGACGACAUGGUGCGCUGCUGGGGCGUGCAGGUGCCGAACGAGUACAAGCGCGCGUCGUUCGUCUCCAUCGAGGCCGACGGCGAUACCGUCUGCGGCGUCCUCACCACCAACUUCUCCGUCGUGUGCUGGGGCAACGAGCGCUUCGCCAAGAGGCACCUCAUCUACAACGACACCAUGCCCGGCGCUUGCACCACCAAGGGGAACUGCUCCAACUGCGGCUUCAUCGCCGGCUCGGGCGCGUUCUGCGGCAACGGGGGCGGCGAGGGCGGCGAGGAGCUCGUCGUGUGCCAGCCGUGCAAGCUACCGCUCAACGCGUCCAGGCUCGCCGUGGGGAACGGGAUCAGCAAGAAUGCGCCGGCGCCGGGCGCCGAUGAUUCCGCGAAGAGGAGGAAGAAGGCGAUGGAGGUCGCGGUCGGCGUGGUCGGCGUCGGCGUCGCCGUUCUCGCGGUAGCUGGGGUGGUGUUCUACCUCGCCGUCGUCAGGAGGCGUGGCGGGAAGACGCACGCCGCCAUCGUUCAGCUCGGCGAGUCGUCGACGCUGGGCCUCUGCCGCGACGUGGAGGCCGUGGUCAUGCCGGCGCCGGAGUCCUCGCCGCUGCCUCCGCCGGCGCGGCCGCUCGGUUGUGAGGAGUUCACGGUGAAGGAGCUGUCGCGGCUGACGAACGGGUUCGCCGAGGAGAGGAAGAUCGGGAGCGGCAGCUUCGGGUCGGUGUACCGCGCGAAACUCCCCGACGGCCGCGAGGUCGCCAUCAAGCGGGCGGAGCGCGCGCCGUCGUCGCGGGGACGGCGGCGGCGGCGGUACGACGCGGAGCGCGCGUUUCGGGCGGAGCUGCGGCUGCUCUCCCGCGUCAACCACCGCAACCUGGUGCAGCUUCUCGGCUUCUGCGAGGAGCGCGGCGAGCGCAUCCUGGUGUUCGAGUUCAUGCCGCACGGCGCGCUCCACGACCACCUCCACGGCCACGUCGACGGCCACUCGCCGCUGUUCGCGUCGUGGGAGGCGCGGCUCCGGGUGGCGCUCGACGCGGCGCGGGGUGUCGAGUACCUGCAUUGCUACGCCGUGCCGCCGAUCAUCCACCGCGACAUCAAGCCGUCGAACAUCCUUCUCGACGGCGAGUGGACGGCCAAGGUGUCCGACUUCGGGCUCUCGCUGGCGUCGACCGGCCCGGCGGCGGCGGCGGCGGCGUGCUCGACGUCGUCCACGGCCGGGACGGUGGGGUACAUCGACCCGGAGUACUACCGGCUGCAGGAGCUGACGCAGCGGAGCGACGUGUAUAGCUUCGGCGUCGUGCUGCUCGAGCUGGUCACCGGGAGGAAGGCCAUCCACCGGACGAGCCAGCAGGACGGCGGCAGCGGCUCGCCGCGGAACGUGAUCGAGUUCGCCGUGCCGGCCGUGGAGACCGGCAACAUCGCAAGGAUCCUCGACGGGCGCGUGCCGCCGCCGCGGGGCCACGAGACGGAGGCGGUGUCGCGCGUCGCCAAGAUCGCCGGCGAGUGCGUGCGGCCGCGGGGGCGCGCGCGGCCGGUGAUGUCGGAGGUGGUCGCCGAGCUGGAGUGGGCGGUGACGCUCUGCGAGGAGUCGCUCCUCCGGUCCGGCCCGCAGCUGCACAGCUCCCGCCACGGAGGCUCCGACGUGUCGCGCUCGGAGUCCGACGACCCGAGCCCGUUCCACACGCGCGAGUUCGCCGUCGGCUCCGGCCGCCUCGGCCAUGGCAGGUCCAACUCAGCAAUGUAAUUAAAAAAACAUUUCUUUUUUAUUUCUUUUUUUUUGUCUUAGUUUCCACGGUUGCUGGCAUAGGCUGAAUUAGUUGUUGUGCAUAAACAUUUUUCAAAGAGAGAAAACAGAUACAGAGAGGAAGAAAAAAAUCAUUCCUUUGUCCAAGUUGAUCCCAUUUUGAUGUUGAUUGUUACUAGCUUGAAUUUAUAAUUUAGUAGAGUUUGAUUUUGCUCUGUGAACAAAAUUCAUAAGAGUUUGACAAAAAAAAAUCUAGCAUGUAGAUCAAGGUUUACUGACACAAAAUAAUAGGCAUGAUAAUUACUAAUUGGAAAGUAGUGGGUGGUUUGUAAGUACAA